UCCGCCUUGGUUAAACAUCGUAGAAUCCAUAGGGGAGAAAAACCUGGGAAAAGGUUUCGGAUCCGGUCGACCCAUCUCUGCCAUGGGAAAAUCCAUAGGGGUCAGCGACCCUAUAGAUGUCCCGAUGGCGGGAAGAGUUCCAGCCAAUGCUCCAACGUGGUGGCCCAUCAACGGAUCCAUAGGGUGAACACCCCUAUAGCUGCGCCCGGUGUGGGAAAUUAUUUUAUCGGAGCUCGGAUCUCAUCCGUUGUCACCGGAUCCAUGCCAGGGACCCCUGUUAGCGGCUCAUCAGCGGAUCCAUACGGGGUUGUCUCCAUGGAGGUGAUGACCAUGGAAGAUGCUGCCGCGCCUCUCAUCCCAGUGCCGACAGCCUGUGGUGGGGACACUGUGAAGAGGAACGGGGACACCGUGGUCCCUCUGGCUGGUGUGGUUCCCGCUUCAACGGGAGAGAGCUGCUGGGGAUGGUCUCUCUCCCCGGCAGAUUUGGACUCAAUCAAGGAGGAGGAGGAGGAAUGGCAGCAGGACGCUCCCGAGCAAGCAGACGCACUGGUGGAACCCCCAACCUCCAGCCAGCAGCAGUCCCCAAGGACCCAUCCCAGCGGAUCCCCGCUCCUGGGGGACAACGGGAGCCAUGAGGCACCCAACACCUGCCGGGAAUGUGGGAAGAGCUUCCGUUGCCGCUCGGCAUUGGUGAACCACCACCGCAUACACACGGACGAACGCCCCUUCGGCUGCCAGGACUGCGGCCGCCGCUUCAACCGGGGCUCCAACCUGACCACCCACCGGCGCAUCCACACCGGCGACAUGCCCUACAAGUGUCCCGACUGCGGGAAGAGCUACCGCGUCAGCUCCACCCUCCUGCGGCAUCGGAAGACGCACACGGACGAACGACCUUACCGGUGCGAGCAGUGCGGGAAGAGCUUCAGGCACAGGUCCACGGUGACCAUCCACCACCGCGUGCAUUCGGGGGAGAGGCCCUACAAGUGCCCCGAGUGCCACAAGAGCUUCAAGAACAGCUCGGAGCUGGUGCGGCACGGGCGGAUCCACACCAGCGAGCGCCCCUACGAUUGCUCCCAGUGCGGGCGGCGUUUCGGCGACACCUCCCAACUGGUGCGGCACUGGCGGAUCCACACCGGCGAGCGGCCCUACAAUUGCUUGCAGUGCGGGCGGCGUUUCGGCCACAGCUCCCAGCUGGCGCGGCACCAGCAGACGCACGCCGUCAAGCGCAAGCCCCCCAACCCAACCUGCGGGAAGGGCUUGGCCAACCACCCCAGGCUCGCCAAGCACCAACAGGGACACGACGAUGAGAAGGAUUUCCGCUGCCCUGACUGCGGCCGAGGCUUCAACCGUCGCUCCAACCUCCUGGUCCACCAGCGGUCCCACCUGGAGCAGAAACCUUAUAUUUGCCUGGAUUGCCCCAAAAGCUUCACCAGCAGCACCCAACUCAUCCAGCACCGGCAGAUCCACAGCGAGGAGAAGCCUUAGGGUUGCGCUGAGUGGUGGCAAGAGCUUUUGGCACAGCACCGGCCUCGCCUCGCGUCGCAAGAGGCACCAGCCAAAGAUGGGGACCACCCCACCGGGGACUGUCCCCAUCCUGGUGGCAUCUCAGACCUACCUACGCAUCAUGGCGGUCCCUGGGUGGUAGCACCGAGGGGUAACCAACCCACACGCUCACCAGCUUUUAUUUUUCUUUUUUUUUAUAUAAAGUUGGGGGUUUUUUUGGGGGGGGGUGCUUUUUAAACAAGACACCCCCAGUCCGCUGUUUUUUUGCCGUAGAUUAUAGACGAGGGGAAGGGAGGGAAGGCCCAUGAGCUUCACCCAAGAAGCUCGACGCCUCGGUUCCAUUUCUUUAUUUUUUUUCCAACCCUGUUCAGGAUCUUUUUGAGGGAUGGGUCACAAGAAAACCACGGCCGCCAUAAAAGCCUUCGCCCGUCGGCGUCUCUGCCGGGUUUGGCUGGGAUGGAGUUAAUUUUCUUCACCGUAGCUUGCGGGGGGGCUGCGGUUUGGGCUUUGUCUUGAAAACGGUGUUGAUAAUGGUGUUGGUAACCGUGUUGAUAACGCCAACGCUGUUGACAACGCCAACACCAACGGUAUUGACGACGCCAACGGUGUUGAUAAUGCCAACGGUGUUGACAACGCCAAUGCCAACAGUGUUGGUAACACCAACAGUGUUGACAACGCCAAUGCCAACGGUGUUGGUAACACCAACAGUGUUGACAAUGCCAAUGGUGUUGACAACGCCAAUGCCAACGGUGUUGACAAUGCCAACGGUGUUGACAACGCCGGGAUCUUUUUGUUAUUGCUGAGCAGGGCUUACACGCAGCCAAGGCCAUUUUUUUUGCUCCUCACCCCACCCCACCCCACCGACGAGGAGGCUGAGGGUCCUCGAGACGCCGCCGGGAGGGGCCACGACCAGGGCCAGCUGAUCCCAAGGGAUAUCCCACAGCCUACGACGUCAUGCUCAGUGUGUAAAGCUGGGGGAAG